AACAGAGUCAGGGCCAGAGCCAGAGCCAGAGCGCCGCCAGCCUCGCCAAGCUUCUGGGACCGUGGAACAAAGUACUAGCAGUAGUAGCACACUGUUUCCUUACCACACCAUCACCCAGCCUGUCCCUCCUCUCCCCAGCACUCCUGCCUAUCAUCCUCCUGGAUCAGCCACAAGCCACUCCUACCGUCUUCAGAACCAGCCGUACCCACCAGAGCCAUCUUCACCGAAUACACGCUGCGGUCAACGUCAACAUCGAGGCCCAGGCAGCGCGUCCACAAAUCGCACACCCGACGACAGACACUCCGACACCAACGAAAACAUGGCUGGCGGCGCGUACAUCCCCCCCAACCAGCAGCGCAACAUGCGCGCCUGCAUGGUCUGCUCCAUUGUCCGCACCCAGCAACAGUUCCUGUCUCAGGGCUGCCCCAACUGCGAAGAGUUUCUUGAGCUCACCGGCAACCCGGAGCAGAUCAACGACUGUACCUCGCAAGUCUUUGAAGGCCUCAUCACUGUCGCAGACACCACCAAGAGCUGGGUGGCCAGGUACCAGCGCCUCGAGGGCUACCAGCCGGGUGUGUACGCGACCCAGGUCGAGGGUAUCCUUCCUGAUGACAUUAUUGGCUUGAUCGAGAGCGCCGGCAUCAACUACGUACCGAGAGAUGGCAGCGAACAGGACAUGCUGCCCAAGGAUUAAGGACAACAACAAAGCAGCAAGGGCUAGGAACACGGACAAGACGCAACAUGCGCCACGGAAAGUGAACGUUUUGCAUUACAUUCUUGAGCGACGGCGUUAGGGUAAAAGAUGAUCUACGGAUCCACUGGUAGCAAAAUACCAGCUUAACAAAUUCAUACAUUCAAUCAUGGCACUUGCAUCUCAC